UAUUAUUUCUUUUGUGUGUGAGAAAAUCGGUUAGACAAAAUGAAAUUUGGUAAGCAAAUGGAAAGAUAUAUGACGUUUGAAUGGCGGGAGCAAUACAUGAAAUAUGACCAUUUAAAGACCCUCAUAAAUGAAGGCUUAGUUGAAGCUCCGGACCUGGGUUCCAUUCCCCGCAUUAUGAUAAUUGAAUAUUAUCGAAAUUUGGAAGAUAACUUUUUCGCGACCUGUUCCAGUGAACUUAAUCGAGUGGAGCUCUUCUUUGUUCACAAAUUAGCUGAAGGUUAUCGUAAACAAUCCACAUUUAAGAUGAAAUUCAUAUCAUUAAGACGACAAGAAGGAGGUGCAUCUACAGGAGUAGAAUCGAUGAGGUAUACUCAGAAUGAAAGGGUGGAUAAACAAAAACUACGUAAGGCGUACAGUGAAUUCUACUAUAGUUUGACUGUCUUGAAGAAUUAUCGUACUCUGAAUUAUAUGGGUUUUCAGAAGAUAUGCAAAAAGUAUGACAAAAAUCUGGAAUCCACUGAGGGCGCCAAAUGGUGUAGAUAUGUUCUGGAUAAAUCAUCGUUGAACAAGAUAAGUGAGUUAAUCAAGUUAAUUAAAGAAGUGGAGGAUACAUAUACAGAGUAUCUAACGGGCGGUGAUCGUUCAAAGGCCAUGGCCAAAUUAAGAGUACCACCGUUAGGAGUACGUACUCCUUUGGGUAAAGUCUUUUGUACGGGGGUCCUUUUGGGUCUUUUCCUUGUUGCUGCAUUCAUAUGUGUCAUAUCGUAUUUUGCUUCCUUUGAGGAACUUGAAUUACUUUCGACUUUCAUACGUCUCUAUCGUGGUCCCGUUGUUGGUAUACUUUUCUGCUUUUACUUGGCCAUUAAUAUGCAUGUUUGGCAAUUGAUGGGUAUCAAUCAUGUUCGAGUAUUCGAUAUCAAUCCACGUAAUCAAUCCCAACCUGUGGCCCUACUUCAGGCGGCUAGUGCAUUGGGUUAUAUAUGCUCCUUGACGAUUUUGGGAUUUCUACAUUAUAUGCAAUUCGAUAUAGCUGAACCAUAUUUCUUCCCCCUGAUUUUUGUGAUUGUAAUGUUAAUAUUACUUUUGAAUCCCAUUCGAAUGAUGAACUAUGACUCCCGUGUGUGGUUGUUACAAGUGUUUGGACGGAUUUUCGCUGCUCCCUUUUUUGAGGUGACUUUUGCUGAUUUUUUUAUAGCCGAACAAUUGAUGUCAUUGACCAACUGUCUUGUGGAUUACUAUAUACUCUUUCGAUUCUAUCUGAGAUACUAUACCGAUAGUAAAUCUACAUUUGAUUUCGAAAUAACAAAUUAUGCAGUGCCACUUUUACGCUGUCUACCACCCUGGUGGCGUUUGGCUCAAUGUUCCAGGCGCUACAAUGAUACCAAUUCGAUUAAAUUUCUAUAUAAUGCUGGCAAAUAUCUUUCAGUAUUUCCGGUUAUCUUGUUUUCCACAGUUCUUACGGAUACUGCAGAUAAAUACAAGCAAAUAUCACAUAAUCCUUGGCUUUGGGGCUAUGUUAGUAGUUCACUAAUAUCAACAAUUUAUUUCAUCUAUUGGGAUUUAGUAAAGGAUUUUGGAUUAUUCAGAGUGUGGAGACGCGAAAAUCUUUUUCUAAGGACACAACUAAUCUAUCCCAAAUGGUUUUACUACUUUGCCAUAGUGGAGAAUUGUGUAUUACGUUUCAUUUGGCUUUUGGAAUUGUAUCUCAAUAUUAAUGAACAUAUUUUGCCCUACAAUGCCAAGAGUUACGUUAGUUUAUGUGAAAUCACAAGACGUUUCAUAUGGAAUUUUCUACGUUUGGAAAAUGAGCAUUUGUAUAAUUGUGGAAAAUUUCGAGACCCCCAAGAAACAUUUAUUGGCAUUCCAAGUGCCGAAGAUCAAACACAAAUUGAUAAUCUCUUGCAGGAAUUGCAAAACGUGGACUCUGAACAUCCAAAGAGGCGUUAAGGAAUAGACAAUUGCGAUUCAAUGAAGCAUUUAUCUAGAGGUCCUAGCAGAGACGAUGACUUGCCUUUGGGGGUUGACAACAAGCUUCCAAUUGAAUAAAAUUAAUUUCACAUUUACCAAAUUAAAACCGCAAAUGGAAUUAUAAAUUCAAAACACACAGGAACGGCAGGACAAAGCAGCAGACGAAGUGGAAAAAUUUCAAACCCGCAGGACAACCAAAAGUUAAAUCGACAACUAGAGUACAUUGAGAAAAAUACACUGCAAAUCAAGGAAAAAGUAUCAUUUCCUUUUGUAGAUAGUUGUUAGAAGUGACAAGUGACAUUUAAAAAGGUGAC